AUGGGCCUCGGCGCCACGCCGGCGAUGACGCCGAGCAUGACGACGCCGUUUGGCGCGGCGGGCAUGGAGACGCCCGUGGCGGGGACCAAGCUGCAGGUGCCGAUGACGCCCGACGUGAUGAAGGAGCUGAAGGCGGCGCGCGAGAUGGACGCGCGGAACCGGCCGAUGAGCGACGAGGAGCUCGACGCGCUCCUCCCCAGCGAGGGGUACAAAAUCGUGGACCCCCCCGCGGGGUACGUGCCGAUCCGCACGCCGGCGCGGAAGCUCAUGGCGACGCCGGCGGCGUUCGGCGGCGCCGCGACGCCGGGGUUCUCGAUGCCGGACGAGGCCGAGGCGGCCGCGGCGGACUACGGCAUCCCGGCGAAGCAGAUGCCCGAGGGGCUGCCGGACCUGAAGCCCGACGACAUGCAGGCGUUCGGGAAGCUGCUGGACGACGUGGACGAGGCGGCGAUGGACAUCAAGGAGCUCAAGGAGCGGCGCAUCAUGAAGCUGCUGCUCAAGAUCAAGAACGGCACGCCGCAGCAGCGCAAGUCGGCGAUGCGGCAGAUCACGGACAAGGCGCGGGACUUCGGCGCCGAGGCGCUGUUCGACAAGCUGAUCCCGCUGCUGAUGAACACGGCGCUCGAGGACCAGGAGCGGCACCUGCUCGUCAAGGUCGUGGACCGCGUGCUGUUCAAGCUGGACGACCUCGUGCGCCCCUGGGUGCACAAGAUCCUGGUGGUCAUCCAGCCCAUGCUGAUCGAGGAGGACUACUACAUCCGCGUGGAGGGGCGCGAGAUCAUCGCGAACCUCGCGAAGGCGGCGGGGCUGCCGACGAUGAUCUCUGCCAUGCGCCCGGACGUGGACCACGCGGACGAGUUCGUCCGGAACACCACGGCGCGCGCGUUCGCGGUCGUGGCGUCCGCGCUGGGCAUCCAGGAGCUCCUGCGCUUCCUCGCCGCGCUGUGCAAGGCGCGCAAGGCCGGCUGGCAGGCCCGCCACACGGGCGUGAAGAUCGUGCAGCAGAUCGCCAUCCUCGUCGGGUGCGCCGUGCUCCCGCACCUCAAGUCGCUGGUCGAGAUCAUCCACACGGGCCUCGGGGACGAGAACCAGAAGGUCCGCACGAUCACGGCGCUCGCGCUGUCGGCGCUGGCGGAGGCCGCGGCGCCGUACGGCAUCGAGUCGUUCGACGUGGCGCUGAAGCCGCUGUGGACGGGGAUCAAGACGCACCGCGGGAAGACGCUCGCGGCGUUCCUCAAGGCGAUCGGGUUCAUCAUUCCGCUGAUGGACGGGGAGUACGCCAACUACUACACGCGCGAGGUGAUGGUGGUGCUCGUGCGCGAGUUCGCGUCGCCGGACGACGAGAUGAAGAAGAUCUGCCUCAAGGUGGUGAAGCAGUGCGUGGGGACCGAGGGCGUGGAGGCGCAGUACGUGCGCGACGAGAUCCUGCCGGAGUUCUUCCGGCACUUCUGGGUCCGCAAGAUGGCCGGCGACAAGCGCACGUACAAGGAGCUGGUCGGCACGACGGUGGCGCUGGCGCACAAGGUGGGCGGGAAGGACAUCCUCGAGCGCAUCGUGGAGGACCUGAAGGACGAGUACGAGCCGUACCGCCGCAUGGUGAUGGAGACGAUCGACCGCGUGGUGCGGGACCUGGGCACGACGGACGUGGACGCGCGCCUCGAGGAGGUCCUGGUCGACGGCAUCCUGUACGCCUUCCAGGAGCAGAGCAGCGAGGACACCCACACCAUGCUCAACGGGUUCGGCACGGUGAUCAACGCGCUCAAGGGCCGCGCGAAGCCGUACAUCCCGCAGAUCGUGGGCACCGUCAAGUGGCGGCUCAACAACAAGGAGCCCCGCGUGCGGCAGCAGGCGGCCGACCUGAUCGCGCGGAUCGCCCCGGUGAUGGCGCAGUGCGGGGAGGAGGCCAACCUGUCGCACCUGGGCCUCGUGCUGUACGAGAACCUCGGGGAGGAGUACCCGGAGGUGCUCGGCUCGAUCCUGGGGGGCCUGAAGGGCAUCGUCAACGUCAUCGGGAUGCAGAAGAUGACGCCGCCGAUCAAGGACCUGCUCCCGCGGCUGAAGCCGAUCCUGAAGAACCGGCACGAGAAGGUGCAGGAGAACGCGAUCGACCUCGUCGGCCGCAUCGCGGACCGCGCGGCGGAGAUGGUGCCCAACGCGGAGUGGAUGCGCAUCAUCUUUGACCUGAUCGACAUGCUCCGGGCGCCGAAGAAGGCGAUCCGGCGCGCGGCGGUGAACACGUUCGGGUACAUCGCGGACGCGGUGGGCCCGCAGGACGUGCUCGUCGCGCUGCUGAACACGCUCAAGGUGCAGGACCGCCAGACGCGCGUCUGCACGACGGUCGCCAUCGGGAUCGUCGCGGAGACGUGCGAGCCCUUCACCGUCGUGCCCGCGCUGCUCAACGAGUACCGCGUCCCGGAGAUGAACGUCCAGAACGGCGUGUUGAAGAGCUUCUCCUUCAUGUUUGAGUACAUUGGCGAGAUGGGCAAGGACUACGUGUACUCGGCGGUGCCGCUGCUCGAGGACGCGCUGAUGGACCGCGACAUCGUGCACCGGCAGACGGCGGCCGCGGCGGUGCAGCACAUCGCGCUCGGGUGCGCGGGCCUCGGCCGGGAGGACGCGCUGCUGCACCUGUUCAACUACGUGUGGCCCAACAUCUUCGACGCGACGCCGCACCUCGUGCAGACCGUGACGGGCGCGAUCGACGCGAUGCGCGUCGCGCUCGGCCCGUGCGUGAUCCUGCACUACCUCCUGCAGGGGCUCUUCCACCCCGCGCGCAUGGUGCGCGAGCAGUACUGGCGGCUGUACAACAACCUGUACGUGGGCAGCCAGGACCAGCUCACGGCGUUCUACCCGCGGCUGGAGGACGAGGGGAACAACACGUACCAGCGGCACGACCUCGAGCUGUUCAUUUGA